ACAGUGUUCAGCCAGUGUUAGGACACACCCAGUUAAUGAGGUGAUUUCCAUGGCUGGGCUCUCUGCACCGGGUCACUCCCAGGAGGCGGCGCGUUGUUCACCCCGGCAUCAGGCGCUCAUCCGUGCUGCUGUCAACUUCACCGCACUUCUGCCCGUGUCACUGACGGCGACAUCACAUGCUAUCGAUGGUUGUCUUGAGGAUAAGAAAUGCGCACAAAAGGAAAUGUGCACUUAUCUGUCUGUGCAUUGUUGGCUUUAUUAUGUACAGAUAUCUCCGCAUGCCGACAACGGGAUGGAGACUGAGCAGGAGGGUGGGCCUGAGCGCCAACUCGUCCCAGUUCACGCUGGAGGGCCAGCCCUUCCACAUCCUCGGGGGAUCCAUCCACUACUUCCGUGUGCCGAGGGCCUACUGGAGGGACCGCCUGUUGAAAAUGAAGGCAUGCGGCGUCAACACCCUCACCACGUCUGUGCCGUGGAGUCUGCACCAGCCAAACAGAGAGGUGUUCAACUUCCACACGCAGCUGGAUUUAGAAGCCUACAUCAAUCUCGCUGCUGAACUGGGGCUGUGGGUGAUUUUACGUCCAGGGCCGUACAUCUCCUCUGAGUUGGACCUGGGAGGACUACCAAGCUGGCUCCUCCGCGACGGCAGCAUGAGACUGAGGACGACCUACCCGGGCUUCACGCAGGCUCUCAACACUUUUUUUGACAAACUCAUACCAAAAGUGGUUCCGCUGCAGUUCAAGAAAGGAGGUCCUAUCAUUGCAGUGCAGGUGGAGAACGAGUAUGGGACCUUUGCGAAAGAUGACAGUUACAUGCUUUUCAUUAAAGAGGCAUUACAAUCCAGAGGGAUCAGCGAGCUCUUGCUCACAUCAGACAACCACAACACAUUAAAGUCAGGGGGUGUGGAUGGAGUCAUCAGAUCACUGAAGCUGCAGAAGCUAAAUCAGAAAGACAUCCAAGAUCUGAUCGCCAUCCAGCCCAACAGCCCCACCAUGGUGAUGGACUACUGGACUGGCUGGUAUGAUGUGUGGGGCGAACUCCACCAUGUGCUCCCCCCAGAGGACACGGUGUCCACCGUGAGAGAAAUUCUGAGGCGAGGCAUGUCCGUCAACCUGUACAUGUUCCACGGAGGCUCCACUUUUGGCUUCAUGAGCGGAGCAGUCGUUGAUCCUUCCUACAAAGCGUUGGUCCCCAGCUAUGACUACGAUGCUCCCUUGACUGAAGCAGGGGACUACACCCCAAAGUACCAUCUCCUUAGGGACUUACUCUCUCGAUACAACAGAGGAGACAGUUUCCCCGACAUGCCAACCCUGCAUUACAGGGAGGCUUAUGAACCAGCGAUCAUGUACCAGCACCUGUCCUUAUGGGAUGCUUUGAGCUUCACUGAGGGACCAUUUAAGUCACCCACGCCAGUAAACAUGGAGAACCUACCUGUGAACAAUGGAAAUGGACAGUCCUAUGGAUACACACUGUAUGAGACCACCAUCACCAGUGGAGGAUUGUUGAAGUCUGGAGAUAAUGUCCGAGACCGUGCCCUCGUGUAUGUAGACAGGAGCUACAUCGGCCUUUUCAAGCGUAAAAACCUGGAGAUGGCGGUUCCUGAUGGUAAGGGACAGCGUACCCUGAGCUUACUGGUGGAAAACUGUGGACGAGUUCACCAGGGGAGGGACCUUGACAAACAACAUAAAGGCCUUGUGGGAGACAUUUUAUUAAACAAUAUCCCCUUGCGGGAUUUUACAAUAUACAGCCUGGAUAUGAAACCCAGCUUUAUUGAUAGUCUCUAUCAGGCACCUUGGAAAACUCUCCCCGAAAAUCCAAGCUUCCCUGGAUUUUUCAUGGGGAGGCUGUUUGCAUACGGGUAUCCAAGUGACACAUUUCUGAAGCUGCCAGGCUGGGAGAAAGGUGUUGUGUUUAUUAAUGGAUUGAAUCUGGGCCGCUACUGGUCAAUUGGCCCCCAGCAGAGUCUCUACAUCCCCGGCCCCUUUCUCAACAGUGGAAUCAACCAGGUACAGCUGUGCACAAACCAGCAUCUGUUAGAGGGAGAGUGGGAUAUACACGUAUUUGCGUUCUUGGCGAGAGUUAGACAAGACGCUAAGCUCACUUUAGUUUAGCCCUCGCAUAAAGACUGGAAACAGGGAAGCAGCUAGCCUGUCUGCUAACAAAACCUGCCCAACAGCACCCCUAAUUCGCACUAAUUAACAUGUUAUAUGUCAUUUAUGUCAUCAACGGUGACGGUGUCCUAAAUCCGAGAAAUACGUUGUUUUUGCACAGUGGGUUUUUUGAAUGGGUUUUCAGUUAAAUGCCUGACACACUUCAUAUGAAUUACUUCAGUAAAUGCCCAACAUUUAAAUCUUAAAGCGUUGCAUGUCUCAUAAAAGGCAGUUGCUCACAGGUACCUAAGUGAAACUACGGAAGUUGUCUGGGACAUUAAACGUCCGUCUCAUCGACUCACUAGUCCGUCUGUUACAGGCGAACUUUAGUUACAAACUUUUCUAACUUUAACUCUUACUCUACAUGUAGUUUGUUUAUAGCCUAACAUUAGAUUUUUACAUCUGGCCGUUGUAUUUAGCCCUCAAAAACCAUCAAAGUGGUGCUCAGCUGAGAAGAUCAACUUGCUGAGCAAACAGAUAAGUAUCACAAAUGUGUGCUAACAACGUUAAUUCAAAAUUGAGUCGAAAAAUUGAUGCUAACUUCCAGGUUAGACAAAAUAGGCAACUAGUUGUUGUUACACUGUGAUUACUGUUAGGAUUGAACAAAUAAGAUAUGACAUGUUCAUUUGUGCGCAUUUUCGGCACUGGAAAUAAUAUUCCAAAAUAUAUAUAAAUAUUGCUAGGACCUUCUUUUCCUACUCGUAAUGCUAAGUUAAGGUAGCAGGCUGCAGGCUUAGGCUUAAUUUUUAAUGUGCAGUUAUUAUGGGCUAAAAUGAUUUUAAACGUAAAGUCAGAGACAAGUCUUGAUUGUCUAACUCUGCCUCCCCCCCCCUUCUUUCUCUU